AUGUUGUUGUCAGUUCCCAAAUUCUCCAUUUCGGCUGAGCUUGAUCUUGUGGAGGAGUUCCAGCACUUGGGGAUCACAGAGGUUUUCUCCGAUCCCACUGACCAAUCGAGGACAGAACUGAAAGUGUCAAAGGCUGUGCAUAAAGUCGCGCUGAACAUGGCAGAAGAAGGAACAGAAGCUGCACCUGUAGGCACUAGGAGUGAAGAUGAUCAUUUACCACCCCCUUAUUGGUUUGACCCACAUUUCAUAUUUGUUUUUCAAAGCAAAAAGCUUCCAAUCCCUACUCUCCUGGGAAGGAUUAUCAACCCGAAUGAAGGAAUGACAUCACGUGACUGAUUAUGACAAUGACAUCACAUGACUGAUUAUGACAAUG